CGCCAAUGGAACGCCGGCAGGCAAGCAAACCAGAGGCCAUUAACCAAAAUAGGAAGAAUGAAAGAUAAAAAAAAAAGGCUGAAUCAAAUUCAAACCCACAAUCCAAGACCAGGGAAAGAAAACAGCGGAAAAGGGAUUUUACUCUGGCGUAGCCAUUCGCAUUUCGCCCCAAACCAACAAUGCUGCCUUAACCUGAGGCAUAUCUGCCAUUCAGCUUUGGUCCCUGCAGCUUCUUUCCGGCGACGUUUCUGGAAUAUAGACCCACUAAAGUAACGCGCUUGAAUCACUGACUUUGUUGCCGGCUCCGGGAAGAAAAAGAAAAAACAGAUUCGUCUCCUCCUGGUGGGUAUGAAACGUGGGUUUUUCGGCUCAACUUCUGGAAAACGGUAGUGCGAGUUGAGAAAUUUGUGGGGUUCGUUUCUCUGUUUUCCAGGGUGUGCUUAUUUCUGUUAGGGCGCUACCAUAGUGUUCUUGGAAAUGGCCGUCUCUGAGACUGAAAUUGAGAAGAAGCUUAAGGAGCUUGGAAUUUUGCUUCAACGCCCUUCUUUGUCCCACCAUGAUAUCCUUUCUCUGCUUGACAGUCUUGAGCGUUUGCUCAUAAAAGUUGAGCAAGCCCCUUCAAGGCGCAUUCGAGAUGCACUCUUACCUAUCUUUAAGUCUUUGAUCUCAAAUGCUCUCUUAAGGCACUCAAAUACGGAUGUGAGGGUUUCACUUGCGUCUUGCUUUAGCGAGAUCACAAGAAUCACAGCACCUGGUGCUCCUUACAGUGAUGAACCCAUGAAGGAAAUGUUUCAGUUAAUUGUUGAAGCUUUUCAGCACUUAACUCAUCCACCAGGUCCCUAUUAUAAGAAGGCAGUUUCAAUUCUUAACACUGCUGCAAUGGUCAGAUCAUGCUUGGUAGUGCUGGACUUAGGGGUGGAUCAACUGAUUCUGGAUAUGUUCCAACACUACCUGACAAUUGUAAGGUCCAACCAUUCACCUGAUAUACUAUUGGCUAUGGAAACCGUUAUGACCCUGGUGAUAGAUGAAAGUGAGGAGAUAUCUCUGGCUAUUCUCACUCCUCUACUAGCUAGCAUAAGAAAGGACAAUCAGAGUAUAUAUCCUUAUGAGUGGAAGCUUGGCGAAAAAGUUAUGACUAAUUGUGCUGCUAAACUUAAAACUCGUCUCAAGGAAGCUGUGCAGUCUCUAGGCAUAGCUUUGGAUGAUUAUGCCUCAAUAGUAGCUGAUAUCUGCCAAGAUAGGGCCCACCCACCUCAGCACAAUCAUCUCAUAAAUGGUUUGGUGACUGGUGGACAAGUUAACAAUGGUGGGUCUGAUGUCAAGUUGGAUAGUGGGCAAACUUGUAUUCCAAGGAAACGGGGUAGAAAGCCAAAGUCUUUAAUGAAAUCUGAAGAAGGUUAUGAUCAGCAGGCAAAGAUUCAAAGUGAAAAAAGGCCUCGUGGCAGGCCAAGGAAGAACGAGACAACUGUUCUUAGCACCCCUGAAACCAACCAGAAGAGGAAACGCACUCGAAUAGAUAAGGCUACUCGAGCCCCUGACGGUCUAGUCGAGGGACUGAUUGGUAAAAGCAUCCGAGUAUGGUGGCCACAAGAUCGAAGGUUUUAUGAAGGAGUAGUGCACAGCUAUGAUCCAAGUCGCCAGAGGCACCUGGUUUUGUAUGUGGAUGGUGAUAAGGAGAUUCUGAACUUGAGGAAGGAAAGAUGGGAGCUACUUGAAUGCGACGAGAAUACAAUUCAUACUGUCAAGGAAGCACCAUCGUGUUGGACACAAGACGCGGUUGCGGAAGAGAAAGUCCAGGGGCUAGUAGUGGUGGCGGCAGCAGCUCCAGAAGCAGCUAAACAGCAGCAAGAAGCAGACAACGUGAUGUGCAUUCCAGCAUCGGAUGGUUAGGCGUGAAAGAGAGAAAUUUUGGGUUAGUAAGUAAAGAUGUCUAGACAGAAGAGUGCAAAAGAGAGUACUGGUUUUUCUUUCCUGGCUUGCCUUUUGAGACUCAGUCAAGCCCAUUUCGAUUGAAGUAUUUUUGUAGAUAUGUAGCUGCCAUAGAUAGAUAGAAUGUAAAAGAGAAAGAGUUGAGUUUGACGCCAUUAUUGAUGAGGAAGUUGGGAGUGGCUUAAUGCGGGGAAAAGGGGUUUUGCUUGUUUUAGACAUAUAUAUAUGGUUAAGGAUUUUGUGUUAUGCAGCAUGUAUGCAUGUGCCCUUAAUUAUAAUUCUCGUUAUCCUAUUGUAGAGGCAAACUACUUAAACUAAUUAAAACAAGGGGUUGAAGUGUUCAAAGCUUCAAUCCUAAUCCCUCCAGCGUGCUUAGCCUGCGUAUUAAGUUAUAUGUAUCAUGAUUCAUGAUAGUUCUUGUUUUGUAUUUUAAUUUUAUGAUACUUUCAUCCUAAAUUACAAGUAAAGAAAUUUAACCAUUGUUC